AGUCACGUGAACGCGUGUUUCCGUCCGCUCGCAGCAGCUUCAGUCCGGUGUGGAGGAUGAGCUCAGGCCACGGGACCAGGAGGAAAGUCGGCAAGCUGCAGCAGUUCAACAACAUGGUGGCGUUUGACUCUGAAACACUGACUGAGAUUCAAAGUCUUUUUAGUAAAGUUAGAACUUAUGAGAAACCUUCCAAUGGGGAGUGGUGCAUCCCCGACCCAAACGUUGCUCUCAGACACUCUGCGGAGGAGCACGGCCGGCUGCAGGCCCUGAAGGCAUCGCUGAAUGAUGUAAAGAACCAGCUCAGUGACAAGAACGUCCAGGUCUGGCAUCAGCACACAAACUCCACCAAUCGGGCCGGGAAGGUGAUUGCUGCCGUGCGCUCUGCUGCCAACGCGGAGAUCUGCACUCAGGCGUGGUGCAAGUUCUCUGAGAUCCUGGGAACCUUUAAUCUUCUCCCAGAGGAGGCUCUUCAAAAUGGAGAGCUGAACACGGUCCAUCUGUGUGAAGCUCCAGGGGCCUUUAUAACCGCUCUGAACCAUUACAUCAAAACCAGCGAGUCCACACGCUACUGUGACUGGAGCUGGGCCGCCAACACUCUCAACCCGUAUCACGAGGCCAACGGUGGCAGCACGACAAUCGCAGACGAUCGGUUAAUUGCGAACACGCUGCCCUGGUGGUUCUUUGGCUCAGACAACACAGGCAACAUCAUGAUCCAGAAACAUUUGCUGGAGCUGCAGACAUUCGUGGCAAACAUGCGUAGAGUUGAUGUGGUGACAGCAGAUGGUAGUUUUGACUGUCAGGAGAAGCCAGACGAGCAGGAGGCGCUGGUGGCGUCACUGCAUUACUGCGAGGUCACAGCUGCACUGCUGCUCCUGAGCCCCGGUGGCUCCUUUGUACUGAAGAUGUUCACGCUGUAUGAACACUCCUCUGUCUGCCUCAUGUACCUGCUGAGCUGCUGUUUCCACUCCGUCAACGUCUACAAACCCGCCACCAGCAAGGCGGGCAACUCUGAGGUUUACGUUGUUUGUCUGAACUACGACGGCAAGGAUGCUGUGAGGCCUCUGCUCUCCAAACUGAUUCGUAACUACGGGCCACAUCUUGCUGACCGAGAGGCACUUUUCCCAAACUCACUUAUCCCAGAGUCGUUUUUGAAACAGCAUGAGGAAGUGUGCUCAUACUUCCACACGCUUCAGGUGGAGACCAUCACAGAAAACCUCCGCCUGUUUGAAGGAAUGAGCACCGAGCAGAGGCAGCGGCUCGACCACAUCAGGGACUGCACGGCUCAGGAAUACCUGCAGCGCUUCCAGGUGACCUUCCUUCAACGGAGUCGAUGGAUCUCUCGCAACACAGUGAGUCCCGCGUGUUGCAGCGUCUCAGCGGGGCGACCUCUGGGACAGAAAAAGCAAACAGGCUCCUUCAAUGAGCGGAGGGAAUUGCAGAACCUAACCUGGAGGGAGCGCAUCGAGAGGGGUUGCCAUGCCACCUGGAUACAGCGGCACCGCACCGAAGCCGGCGGGACAGGCUGCAUGCUCGAAGGACCCCUCACUGGGUGUCAUGUGGAUUCAUGGUAUGUUAUCAUUGGGGCUGCACUGCCUGCUCUCAGAAACUCUCCGUUCUGUGAAGGAGGAUUGUUAAACCAUUUGAAUGAAGCUCUGAUGGACACAGCAGUAGAUUGGACUCACUUACCUCUCUGUAACUCUUGCCAUGUGGCCUACACGUCGUCCAUCUUGUCUGACGUUGCAGGUCUUUGCGUCAUCACAGCUGAGAGUGAUGGGAACAAAAAGCAGAGACAGUGUCUGGUGUUUGGCAGCCGCCCAGUGUGGGAUGCUUGUGACAGCAAAGUAAAGGAUUUAGUCUUAACAUUUUCUGCAGAGCCUUCACUUCCUCAAACAGUCUCCAGCACGCUGCACGACGGGGAGCCGCUGUACCAGCAGCAGCUCUUAGGUUGCGUUGUGUUUUCCCUGCAGACCCUGAACUCUGGGGAUGCGCUGCUGCUGCCUGUGUUGUCUGCACUCACCCGUGUCACCGCAGCUGUUGUGUACUGCUUACAUGUUUGUUUUUGCUCAGUCACGUUCAGGUGUCCGCCCCCCUCAGGCUUCAUUGGGACAGUGCUUGUGUGUGUUGGAUUCUGCCCUGAAGCUGCUGCACGAAUACUCCCUGUUCUCACUGACGUCCAUCACUGCAUGGGUCAGUUGUUAAGAGGGAAGGAGGACUCAGGUAAAAAUCAGCCGUCUGGGUGUGACAGACAGGUGCUGCAGUUUGUUCCCAUGGAGGAGCUGCUCACAGGAGGACUGACUGAGUUCCUGCGGACCAUGAACUCUGAAAUCAUCCAGCAGAAGCUGCAUUUGCUCAUGCAGUCAUAGUGCAGUUUAGUGAGCUGUGACUCCGGGGUAUCGCCUCAGAAGCUGUCAUUAUGUCACGGUCUGUUUUAUCCUUUGUUGAAUGAGCAGAAUCCUUUUUGUAUGCUAAUACUAGCUAAUGCUAAAUGAGUACUUUUGCACUGCUUUAGUGUCAUGAUCAUAGGCUGGUCACAAUGGACAGUUUUAAGGAAAGGAUCCCAAUUGAUGCAGCAGAACCACAAUGCAGUCCCAGAUAUGAGUCUUUAUGCUUGUGGCCGCUAACGUAGCCUCUGACUCCUUGGCUAAACUCAAGCUGAGAUAAGGAGUGAGCUACAGAGGACUGAUACACUUGCAUCUCGAGAUU